AUGGGUAAUAAAGUCUCUGCAGUCACUGGGGUCCGCUCUCCCAAUUUUUUCGAGCCUGGGAACGCUGUAAAUGAAGUCUGGGUGGGAGAUCUAGAGGUCAUAUCACGACUUCCUUUUGGCGAUUCGGAUAUGGCACAAGCUGGUUGGCCCAAAAAUGACUAUCCGAAAAUUCCCUGGCGCCCAUUUAUUAUCCCUCUUCGUGCUACAUUCUCCGCGGCAAUGAAACUGGAAUCGCUGCCGUCGAUUGCCGAUCCCGACUUGGGCUGGAUCGCUUCUUUGCGCGGCUUUGCGGAAAGGAAGCUGCUCCACAUCUGCUGGGUCGCGAUGAAAAUACUCGCCAUACCAAUGAUGAUGGUGCCAAUUGUUUUCCAUCUUGUGUUACAGGAUCACCUCACGGCCUAUGGUGAUGGUGAAGACGAAUCGCCAGAUCGGACUCUCCCGCUCGCUGAUGAUGAGGCCGUGCCGCCGCAAAGUCCUCCUCCACGAAAAAGGCGAAAUGCAGUUUAUACCCGUGCUUUGUUGGGUUCCGUAUUUCAUAUUACCGGGGUACUUCUGGGUUACGCAUUUGACCACGGAUCCCUGUUGAAUUUGAUUCGCAUCCAUGAACCAUCCCUUGAGCAUACAGGCUCUGGCGUUUCUUUCCUCCAAUAUUUUGCCGGGACAGACACGCCCACCGUAUAUGCAGCGAUGUCAAUAGUUUUGUUCUUGAAUUCCGCUUAUUCGGUCUUCCGCUUAUUAUGCGCUUAUUAUCAGUUUCGACAAAUUGAUGAUAGCUAA